AUGGAAAGUUUCGUUGGAGCUGGGCUUUCACCUGGAGGUUGCAUUGUGAGGAAGAAGAGGAGUGUUGUAGCACAAAAACCUCGCUUAGAUCCCCCCAUAUUUUCACAGAGCUCUAAUAUUUUUCCACCCUUUGGAAAUAUUGAUAAGGAUCAGAAUAAUAAGGAGAAAGUAGUUAUUUUUGAUGGAUUGGGAAGGGGGAACAAGCUGAAGAAGUUAAAGCUUAAGCUUGGAGGUGUUACUCAUACAAUCCACACCAAGUAUACAGCAGAUUUUGGCUGUGGUGGUGGCUCUUCCGUCACUAAAUCUUCAAGCUCGAUCGAUGCCUUCACACCCCAACUGAAGCCCCUUCCUCAGGAUGAUGUAGGUGGAGGCCCCUUCUGUUCUGAUGGGGGAAAUGGCUUUGGAGUUAAACGCAAAGACCACUUGAAAGUUGAUUCUAGUUCUAGCAAGGAGUAUUCUUCAAAAGGAAAAAUCUUUAGGGAAAGUGCUCCAAUGGAUAAUGAACCAGUUCGUAAGAGCAAGCGGGUUCCUAAGAGAUGUAUCUUAGAUGCGAAUGAAGAUGAUGAUGAAGAUGAGGAAAUCCGGUUCCUUGGAAGACUAAGUGCUUCUAAGGUUGCUCGUUCAGAGAGAAUUCAAAUGAAUGACGACUUUCAUGGAGAUGCUAAUGGAGAAUAUAAAUCAUUAAGAUUGGGAAAAGAUAGAAUAAACAAGUCAAGAUCAGAGAAAAAGUACGAGGACAAAGACUAUUUGGAAGAAGAGGAACUGGCAUCUGAUGAUGAGCCUGAACCAAAUGGGAAGAAGCUGAAAAAGAAAUCUCUUUGUUUACCUCUACAAGGGUGGAAAGAAUCACCCCCCACUACACGUAACCGUGCCCUCCAGUCUGGAAAAGAUAUUUUAACUGGCUCUGGUUCAGGUUUUCAUGAACUUGCAACUGAUUUGCUUCCUGCCCCAUCUAAAAGAAAGGAAAAAGUCUCUGAAGUGGAACGACAAUUAAAGAAAGCUGAGGCUACACAGAGACGUAAAGUACAGUCAGAGAAGGCGGCUAGGGAAGCUGAGGCUGAGGCAAUCAGAAAGAUACUUGGUCAAGAUUCGAAGAAGAAGAAAAAGGAAGAAAAACUGAAGCAGCAGAGGGAUGAAUUGAUUCAGGGAAGGACUGGCAGUGCCGUCACACUGGCACCAAACACUGUCCGAUGGGUCAUUGGUCCUAACGGAACGAUCGUUACAUUUUCUGAUGAUAUUGGUCUGCCAGGUAUAUUCAGUCCAGUGCCCUGCAGCUAUCCUCCCCCACGUGAAAAAUGUGCCGGUCCAAAUUGCACGAAUGCAUACAAGUAUCGGGAUUCCAAGUCGAAGCUUCCUCUGUGCAGUCUUCAUUGUUACAGGGCAAUACAAGAAAUGAUGCAGCCUCUAAUUGCUUGCUGA